GAAAAAGAGUCAGACUCACACACACAGACGAGACCCACCCUAACAACAACACCAAGCGAAGAGAAGGAGAAGAGAAGAAGAAACAAAAAUAAAAAUAAAAACUGAAGAAUCAAUUUUUUCCCACUUUCUUCACCACAUACACACAUAUAUAUUUAACGCCACCACCCCCUCUUGACCCACCCCCCUUAUAUAUUUUUUCAAAACCCAUCUCCUUUUCUUCUCUCAUUCAUUCAUCCGCCACCCUACUUUCUCUCUCUAAAGCCUUUUCUCUGUCUCUGUCUCUGUCUCUCUCUUUCUAGAACCAUUUGCUGAGAUGAUGGUGGUCAAAGACGAGUGGAUGAGCGCGGCGAUGACGGACGACAUGCUCGUCGUGGAGCUUCUGGUUCGGCUCAAGCAGUCGCAGACGGCCGCCUCGUCUUCCUCGUCUCCUUUGUUGGAGUCGAUUCCGCUCAGGUGGGGCAUCCGCCUGCCACGCUCCAAGUCGGCGUCCAGAUUCGACGGCGUCGUUUCGCGGCAGAGGAACAUCAGCAAGCAGGGCGCUGAUUCCGCCACUAGAUGCAGCCCCACCACGCCGCUCUCCUGGAGCGGCGGCACCCGCUCCCCCUCCGCCACAUUUCCCUGUGGAAGGAAGCGGGAGGCAAUGUUUGUAUGGGACUAUGGAGGAGAGGAGGCCAUGGGAGGAGAAGCAGGGCAUGUGAGCAAGUCACCCUACUCAUCAUUGGGAAUAGGGAAGCUUUAUCCAAAGUCCAGAGAGACGGGAACUGCUACGUAUGAAUCCACCAGCACCACCACUGCCACCAAGAGGGCAAGAAGAAAGAAGACAUUUGCUGAGCUUAAAGAGGAGGAAAGUUCGUUGUUGAAGGAAAGGACAUAUUUGGAAAAGGAAAUAGCGACCUUACAAGCAACUUUUAAGCAACAAAGAGCCAAAAAUGAGAACUUUAAGAGAAUCAAGCUCGACUUGAACAUGCAUCCUGCUAGGAAUUUGAGUGCAAACUUUGAUGGAGCAGGGAAAGCAAUUUCCAGUCAACCCCACGAGAGAACAGCUUCGAGCACUCCCUCAAAUUUGGCUCCAAAUCCAGAAGUGCAAUUCGAUUCUUACAGUGAACGCGAGGCUGUUUCAGCCCGAGACAAUUCUUUCUUGCUUCCUGAUCUAAACAUGGAGCCGUGCGGAGAGGAAUCUGGUUCCGAAACGCUAUACGGGAUGAGCUGAGGAAAGCAUGGGUAAAUGCAUUAUGCUUUCAAUGAAGAAACUGAUAACAUAGCACAUUCCAGGAACUAGCUCUUCAUAAGUACUACAAGUAGAGGUCAGUCGGGGAGAGUAUCCAGUGAAGUUACAGAUAUAACCUGAUCUGGAUCCCUUUUACCUAAGUUUUGAGGGUUUUUAGUAAAUUAGCAGUCAUAGCCAUUAGGCUGUAGAGGCUUUUGUUUAUGUCACAGCUGUUGCUGCUUUCCUCUGGAAAAUUCUUUGGGGUAAACCCUCGUUACUUCUAAUGAUCAAAUUAUUUAGAUCAUAAAUUUGUAUCAUUCUUUGUAGGUUUAAAAAACCCUAUCUGAAAUCCAAGUUAAAGUUUUCAGUC